AUGGAUCGUAGAUGGAUGUAUGAUCGUUAUGAAGAUGUAAAAAGAGGGCAUGUUAAAGAAGUUUUUAAACUUGGGGUUCAGUUGUUUAUUGAUGCAGUAAAACAAAAGCCCGUUGUUAUUAGGGAAGGGGGAAUUAGAUGUCCUUGUGUGGUCUGUCAAUGUAGACGUAUUCGCAGUGUAGAUGAAAUUAAGUUUCAUUUACAUACUAAAGGAUUUCAGCCGAAUUAUUGGGUUUGGACAAGUCAUGGUGAAUCCUUUACAUCGGAGCAAGGUGCUUCAUCAAGCAAUACUGUAUUACCUUCACAAAAUUAUCAGCAUAAUUACCCAGCGGAAUUACCUUCACAAAAUUAUCAGCAUUACCCGUUCAACAUGAUGAACAAUAUGAUAAGUGAUGGUCUUGGGUAUAAUGUGGUGAACGAGUUUGAAGAUGACUAUGAAGGAGAUGAAGAGCCGAAUGCCGAAGCUCAGAGAUUUUUUGAUCUUUUAAAAGAGACCAAUGUACCGUUGUUUGAAGGUUCUACAGACUCGAAGUUAACAGUUUGUGUUAGACUUUUGGGUCUGAAGUCUCAAUAUCUAGUUCCAGAAUUAGCCAUGGACUUGAUCGCGAAACUGGUGCUGGAUACGACAGCCAUCUUCGCUCGCGGUGAUUUGCCGCGAAGUUAUUAUGAGGCAAAGCAGCUAGUGUCAAAGCUAGGACUAGGAGUGAAGAGAAUUGAUUGUUGUGUUAACGGUUGUAUGAUAUUUUAUACCAAUGAAUUUGGUGUUUGUGACGGUGAUUUACUUGAAUGUAAAUUUUGUGAAGAACCGAGAUACCGUCAAACAAAAAAUUCGAGGUCAAGUAGUAGAAAACCGGUACCAAGAAAGACAAUGUUCUAUUUACCCAUAGUACCAAGGUUGCAGAGGUUGUAUGCAUCAUUGCAAACUGCCACAAAAAUGACAUGGCACUCUGAAAAUUAUGAACAAAGAAAAAGGUCGGGUGAGUUGCGACAUCCUUCUGAUGGUCUAGCAUGGAAGCAUUUUGAUCAAGUUAAUCCUGAUUUUGCUUCAGAGCCACGAAAUGUACGAUUAGGAUUAUGUUCUGAUGGAUUUACUCCGUAUACUCAAGUAUCAGCUACUCCAUAUUCAUGUUGGCCUGUUAUUGUUACCCCGUACAAUCUUCCACCCGAAAUGUGUAUGUCAAAACCUUACAUGUUUUUAGCUGCUGUAAUACCUGGGCCAUCUAGUCCAACUGUUGGUAUUGAUAUCUAUUUGUAG